AUGGCCUCAAUCACAGGGAAUCUCCGCACAGAAACAGACCGGACAAAACAAUAUACUUAUCUCGCCGAAACAACUCCCCACCUUGCCACAAUGCUCGGCUUUCCCACUCGCUGUUCAACAUUCCCAGCCCUAUACAACAGCACCUGUACCGAGAUCAUCGAUCUAGCAUGCACAAUCGCAGCCUUUGAGCCUGUGCGGCUCCACGCGCGCCCUGAAGACGUCUCCAAGGCCCAGGACCUCAUUUCCAGGCGCCUAGAAUCAAGUUCCAGCUAUGACAGACCCACUCAAGAAUCAAACAUCACUCUCAUUCCCGCCGCAACUAAUCACUGCUGGGUCCGCGAUACCGGACCCGUGUACGUGCGCGGAGUUGAAGAUCCGCAACAGCGAUACGCAAUCGACUUCCAAUUCUGCGAAUGGGGGAACAAGAUUGGGGAAUUACUAUACAAUAGCUCCGCCGAUAAAGAAGCAGCACUAGCAGAAGAGGGUGCCGAUUGGCCAAUCAUGAGUUCCACCCAACGGGAAGAGAAUACGCUUUUCGCGCGCCGGGCUCUUGAACUCGAGAACCAAGAUGGGAGGCAUCCGCCCGUUAUCCGGGUCGAAUCUUCCGUCCGUCUGGAAGGUGGCGGUAUCGAGAUGGACGGUGAGGGGACUCUUAUGGCUGCCGCGAGUAGUGUGUUGGUUUCCUCGCGGAAUGAAGGUCUCUCGCGCGAAGAUAUCGAGACCGAGCUGGCUCGGUUAUUGGGGAUUAAGAAGUUCAUCUGGAUCCCUGGACGGGAGGGAUUGGACAUUACGGAUUGUCAUAUUGAUGCUGAGGCGCGGUUUGUGAGGCCUGGCGUUGUGGUUGUUUGCAAGCCCCAUGCGAAAUGCGAGUCAGUUUACUGGGAUAUCUAUCGCGAGGCGAGGGAGAUUUUGGAAGCUGCUACUGAUGCGCAAGGACGGAGACUUCAGGUGUAUGAUAUCGAGGAGCCAGAUCCGGAGCUGGUCAAGGGAGAUGUUGCCGGGGAGGAAGAUGGCCCGGCAGCGUCAUAUGUGAAUUUCUACUUUGUGAAUGGGGGGUUGGUGAUUCCUGCUUUUGGGGAUGUCGAGGCGGAUCGGAAGGCCUUGGAGAUUCUCAAGGGUCUUGUUCCUGAGCGCGAAGUAAGGCAAGUGGCUGUUAAUGCUUUGCCGAGAACUGGUGGUGUGUUGCACUGUACGACACAGCAGGUGUUGUGA